AUGGCAGAACAUGAAAGUGAAUUUGAGGGCCACGAAGAGGAAUUGGAGGCACCAAAAGAUUCAUUAUGGAGAGAUGAACACGAAAUGGAAAAAUCUGCAAAUAUCGUUUAUUUUCUUACCUUGGGAAUUGUUUCAGGGUUGAUAUUAAGAGAGAUCAAUAAAAAGACAAAACUCCCGUAUUCUCCCAUGAUUUUAUCAUUGGGCAUAUUAUUGGGAUUACUUUAAAAAAGUUUGGGAUAUGUUGGUGAAAGUGCAAGUAUCUUGUCAAAAAUGCAUCCUCACUUGAUUGUGUUUGUGUUUGUCCCUGUUUUGCUAUUUGAGUCAGCAUUUAAUUGUGAUUGGUAUACUUUCAAAUAUCAAAUGGUCAACAUCUUACUAUUAGCUGGUCCAGGUUGUGGUUGGGGUGCCAUUCUCCUUGGAGCUAUAUUUAAGUUGGUUUUACAAUACGAUGAUAAUGAUAUGACAUGGUAUUAAGCAUUUACUCUUGGUUCUGUGUUAUCGGCUACAGAUCCUGUGGCUGUCGUUGCUUUAUUAAAGGAGUUAGGGGCUAGUUUGGCAUUCAAUCAUUUAAUAGAGGGAGAAGCUUUGCUGAAUGAUGGUGUGGCCAUGGUGUUUUUUAUAUUUUUUAACAAAUUUUCAAAAGCAGCUAGCGGAAAGGGAGAAGCGGUGACUGCAAGUUAGGUUGUUCUCAAUUUUGUAAGGAAUUCAUUAGUAGGACCAGCUUUAGGAUUAAUAUUAGGAAUAUUAGCUGCUUUGUGGACAAAGAGAAUUUUGGGUGAUGAUAUUGAAGUCACAUGGUUAACAUUUGUAUUCACAUAUCUAACAUUUUAUUGGGCGGAGUUUUGCUUUUUUAAAACUAGUGGAUUGCUUGCAGUAGUAGGUUUAGGUUUGUUUUGGAGUGCUUUUGGAAAAACUAGGAUAAGAUCAUCAGUUGAACAUUCUGUACAUACUGUAUGGGGAUUUGUCUAAUAUUCUUGUGAUACUUUAAUAUUCUUAUUGGUUGGAAUUAUUGUUGGUACUCAAGUUAUUGAAGAAACAUUUAUCCAUAAAUCUGAUUAUAUUAGAAUGAUAGUGUUCUACUUUUUUAUGAUUUUGGCUCGAUUUAUAAUGAUAUUGACAUUCUGGCCAUUUUUAAGAUGUUUUGGAUAUCCCAUCUCAAAGUCUGAAUUCAUAGUUCUUGUAUAUGGAGGUUUAAGAGGUGCCUUAGGUUUAACGUUAUCUUUAAUGGUUGGAUGUGACGAAGAAUUGCCAGCUAGAUUUAGACAUUUGUCUGUAUUCUAUGGGGCAGGAAUGGCUGCAAUAACAAAUUUAAUUAAUGGUACUACUUGCAAGGCCUUGGUGCAAUAUCUAGAAAUGAUAGAAAAUCCAGUUGUUAAGAAAAAGGUGUAUAAAAAAUACUUGGAAGAAUUGAUAGUAAAUUCAUAAGACAAAAUGAGAGAGUUAGAGUCAGAUUAAUUUUACAGUAUGGCUGAUUGGAAUUAAAUAGAGAAAUUAGAAACUGAAAUAAAAUACAUGUUAGGUAGUAAUAAGGUGUAAACAAGUUCAUCAAACUUAUACGAAGGAUUAACAGAUCAAGAAAUUUUUGGAGAAGUUAGAUACAGAAUCUAUCGUAUUUUGAAAGGUUUGUAUUAUGACAAAUUUGAGUACGGAUUAUGUGAAGAAGACACAGUUCGUUUGUUGGUUGAAUCAAGUGAUAUAGGUUUGGAUCACACAAAGGCAAUUUUAAAUAUUUGGGAUUAAUUAUAUAAGAAUUUCUUAAAUUUUAGCAGUGUGAACUUUUUCUUUAAAGUCAAGGAAAUGCCAUUAAUAGGACCAUUUGCAAGAGACUAUAUGAUUAAACAUUUAGGAUUUGUUUAUGAUGUAACCACAACAUUUUUAUCUUGUGCAAGCGAGGCAUUUCAUUUGACUGGAACUUUCCCAAUGAGUAAAGAUGCAAUUAGAGUUGUGAUGGAAGAACUGAAUAAGGAAAUUGAAAAAGCAGAAGGAUAUUUGGGUAUAUUAAAUGAUACUUUUCCAGAGAUUGUUAGAGCAAUCUAAACUAAAAGGGCAUCACAUUCUAUUUUAACACAUUAAAGACAUUAUCUCGAUGAUACACAAUAGAAUGGAUUAGUAGAUGAAAAAGAAUAUUAAUUGCUUAAAAAGGAAAUCAAUACAAGAUUGGUUGAUUUAGAAAAUCAUCAAUUUGAUAUGGUUUUACCAUCUUUCCAUGUUUUGGCUAUGGAAUUUCCAAUAUUUUCUGGUCUUGUUUCAACCGAUUUAGAUAACAUAAUAAAAAGUGCUUAUGAAAAGAAGUUUGGACCAGAUGAAAUUAUAUAUGAAUAAGGAAUGACAUGUUAGAACAUAUAUAUUGUAAGCAAAGGUAAUGUUGUCGAUGAAUUUGCAGGAGGUACAAUUAGGAAAGGUUUAGGAACCUUAAUUACAUAUACUAAUCUUAUAGGUGAUGGAACAUGCAUGAGUACAGCUAAAACCACGGCUGACUCUUUGCUUUAUUCUUUAAAUCUCAAAAUUCUAAAAGAUUUGAUGAGCAAGAAUCCUGAUUUUGAAUUCAAGAUAUAUAUUAAUUCGCUUGAAUACUUAAGAAAGAUGUUUGAAAAUUAAGCUGGUCCACUUGCAAAUGUAGAAAUUAAGAGAUUAUUGGAUUUCUUAAGAACUAAAAGUAAAUUAAAAAAAUUUACUACUAAUUAAAAAUGUGAUUUUAUUUUUGGCGGAUAUUUAUUCAGGGGAGAAUUGAAGGACAUCAACAAUUAAGUCUAUUCUCAAUAUACUUAUAUACCUCCACAAGAUACAGAGUGCUUGGUAACCAAAGAUUGCCAGUGCUUGACCUUUGAAGAUUCAGUAGAUUCCUUCAAUAAUCAAAUGUUGAAAUAACUUGAUUUAGAUCCUCAUAAAGACUAGUAGAUUUAAGAAAGAUAUUCAUAGAUUAAACGUACUUCUAUGAUGGAAAAAAGUAAACUUAAUUGA